AUGAGUGAGGAAAUGCCCGAAAUUUUCCAGUUCAUGGUAGAAGUGUGUAAGCUUGAACCACCCUACACAGCUGAAGAUAUCUUUUCUACGUGGCAUCGUAUGUAUAGAACUCGGGAUACGAACACCGUUGACGGUCAAAUUAUUACAUUAUUCGUAACGCAUUGGUACGAACAAUGGAGAGACCGUAAAAUGGGCAAGCUUGAAUUCAUGCAAGAGUUUUCCAAUUUUCACAACUUUUACAUCGGACCUGUGAAAGAAGCUUUGAAUAAAAAAUAA